UUGAAUAUGUGCAGGUGACAAUUACUAUAAAUUAUACUAAAUUAAUACACAAAAAUGCCCACCCAAUUAAUAUAAAUCGCCACUGUCUCAACCGUUACCUCUCUCACUCCCUCUCCUCCCUCUCUCUCUCUCUCUCUCUCUGCGAAGAAGAAGAAGAAGAAGAAAAGAAGCAGACAUGGGAGAAGAGAAAAUGGCGCCGGAGGGGAAAUUCCGGCGGUCAAUCCGCCUGAAAUACGUGAAGCUGGGCUACCACUACCUCAUCUCCAACGCCAUGUACCUCCUCACGAUCCCGCUCCUCCUCGCCGCCGCGGCGAAGCUGUCGACGACGCAGGUGGAGGCGAUGCAGCAGCUCUUCAGCUACCACCUCCGCUACAACGUGCUCGGCGUGGUGGCGUGCACCUCCCUCAUGGCGGUGCUCGCCACCAUCUACCUCAUGAGCCGCCCCCGGAAGGUCUACCUCCUCGACUUCGCGUGCUACAAGCCCGACGCGGCCCUCGAGUGCACGCGCCACACGGUGGCGGAGAAGGUCUCCGCCAUCGUGAGCGAGGACAGCGCCGCCUUCAUCCGGAAGGUUCUGGAACGUUCCGGGCUGGGCGACCGCACCUACGCCCUCGGGCUCAAGGACUUCCCGCCGCAGCGGCCCUUCGAGUGCGCCAUGGAGGAGGCCGAGAUGGUCAUCUUCGGCGCCAUCGACGCGCUCUUCGCCAAGACCGCCGCCGUCAACGUCAGGGACAUCGGCAUCCUCGUCGUCAACAUCUCCUCCUUCAACCCCAUCCCCUCCCUCGCCUCCAUGAUCGUCAACCGCUACAAGCUCAGGGGCGACGUCGUCAGCUGCAACCUCGGCGGCAUGGGCUGCAGCGCCGGCCUCAUCUCCAUCGACCUCGCCAAGCGCCUUCUCCAGGUGCAACCCAACACAUACGCCCUAGUGAUGAGCAUGGAAUGCAACACCCACAUCUACUACGCCGGCAAGGAGCGGUCGAAGCUCCUCCCCAACUGCCUCUUCCGCAUGGGCGGCGCCGCCGUGCUCCUCUGCAACAAGCCCUCCGACCGGCGGCGCUCCAAGUACGAGCUCUCCCACACGCUCCGCACCCACAAGGGCGCGGACGACCGCGCCUACAAGUGCGUGGUCCAGGAGGAGGACCCCGAGGGCCACCUCGGGAUCUCCCUCUCCCGCGACCUCAUGGCCGUCGCGGGGGAGGCCCUCCAGACCAACAUCACCACCCUCGGCCCCCUCGUCCUCCCCAUGUCGGAGCAGCUCCUCUUCCUCGCCACCCUCGUCGCCCGGAAGCUCCUCAAGAUGAAGGUGAAACCCUACGUCCCCGACUUCAAGCUCGCCUUCGAGCACUUCUGCAUCCACACGGGGGGCCGAGGGGUGCUCGACGAGCUCGAGAAGAACCUCAACCUCACCAAGUGGGACAUGGAACCUUCGCGUAUGACCCUGUAUAGGUUCGGGAAUACCUCGAGCAGCUCGCUCUGGUAUGUCCUGGCCUAUGCAGAGGCCAAGGGGCGGAUCAAGAAGGGCGACCGGGUCUGGCAGAUCGCGUUCGGGUCGGGUUUCAAGUGCAACAGCGGCGUGUGGCGGGCGCUCCGGACCAUCGACCCGGCCCACGAGAAGAACCCGUGGGUCGAUGAGAUCGAUGAGUUUCCGGUUCAUGUGCCCGCAACACUGCCGCUUCGACCUUGAUAUAUAUUAUAUAUAUAUAUUAUAAUCGAAUUAAUUUACACCAAUACUUUUGUUUUUAAUAAUCAAAGAUUGUUAAUUAACAAACAGAAUAGGUGUAGGUUGUGUUGCUUAAUUUCGAUCUUUUUAAUUAAUCUGCAUGUGUUUGAUUUGAUUUUUCA